AUCAGAAGAGCAAACUCCCUGGUUUCAAUUGUCAAUUCAUUGUUCAAGCAACUCAGAAGUUCUACUACCAAAAGCAUCACUAAUUCUCCGCUAGUACCGCACUGAUAUAAACUCAUAAUACAAUGUUGUCUGCUACCAUUCGUUCCACUUUAAGAUCAAGAGCUAUUGUCCAAGCUCCAAGACUCAGUGUCUUCAGAGCUGCUCCUAUUGUCAGAGCCAUGCCACAACAAGUCAGAGCUUACUCUGCUGACCACCACGAUGAAACUUUCGAAGAAUUCACCGCUAGAUAUGAAAAGGAAUUUGAAAACGCUUACGAUUUGUUCGAAGUCCAAAGAAUCUUGAACAACUGUUUCUCAUACGAUUUGGUUCCAGCCCCAGCUGUUAUUGAAAAGGCUUUACAAGCUUGUAGAAGAGUCAACGACUACCCAACUGCUGUCAGAACCUUCGAAGCCUUAAAACACAAGGUUGAAAACAAGGAACAAUACGCCGCCUACUUGGAAGAAUUAAAGGACAUCAGAAAGGAAUUGGGUAUUGAUUUGAAAGAAGAAUUAUAUGCUGAAGGAGCUUAAGCACUUCCCCAAAUUAUAGUCAUUUUUCACCAUAAACAAUUAAUACAGUUUUUUUUAAAGUAAAACGAAAAUUUUACUCACCACAUGAAGAAGGAGAAAGUUUAUUAACUUGACAAAGAAUAAAAUUGUUGUCCCAGGUGAUCAAUUGAUUUGUUCUCUUGUUAUAACGAUUGUCUAUGAAUUUGUUUAUGUUUUGCUUACUCUUUCUAUUUAGUUUCUAUAUGGUUUUAUUAUUACAUGAAAAUUAUUAUGAACUUUG